AUGAAAGGGAUAGUGUUUCAGCAGCCUGCCUUCCUAUCCCACUACUACAAUGUCAGUGAUGGUAAGAUAUCGAGAAACAAUGGCAACACCCUCAGCUUUCCUGAUUGGCUGGGUGGAUUUUCCUUACGUUAUCCAAAAGUUUCGUCUAACAGAUUUCUUCCUCAUUCUCGUGCCGCCGCUGCUGCUUCUUCUUCUGCUGCACCAGGCAGCGGCUGUGAUCCAUGGUUGGAACCAAAAACACAGCAGAGAAAGAAGAAAAUAGCUGGUGUUGAUCAAGAUGAAUUAUUGGACCCUAAACUUUUAGCCGAUCCAGACAGUUGUUUUUGUGAGUUUGAAGGGGUACACAUACACCACAAGGUGUACACUGCAGAAUCACAAAUGAACGCUCUUUCUCAACUUCCUUACUCUACUUCUCACAAGAUUGGCCUUCCUAUCAUCUUAUUACAUGGCUUUGGAGCCUCUGUUUUCUCGUGGAGCCGAGUUAUGAAGCGCUUGGCAGAGGUCACCGCUUCCAAAGUUCUUGCCUUUGACAGACCUGCCUUUGGAUUGACGUCUAGGGUUGAUUCUUUCAUGCAUUCAUCCCUUGGUACCGAGGACACAAAACCAUUGAAUCUAUACUCCAUGGCAUUUUCUGUGCUUGCUACCUUGCAAUUCAUUGAUUUAUUGGAAGCUGAGAAAGCAAUUCUGGUGGGGCAUUCGGCUGGUUCUCUUGUAGCUGUUGAAUCAUAUUUUGAGGCUCCAGAACGAAUUGCAGCUCUAAUCCUUGUUGCCCCUGCAAUAUUUGCCCCUCGACCUUUUUAUAGGGUUGCUGAAGGAAAUGAGGGAGGAAGAGAUACCCAGACUGAAGGGGAUGGAUCAAAUUCAAAUGGUUUCAAAAAACAAUUUAUCAAGCUUUCUGUGAUUUUAUUGAAGUUAACAACAUGCAUUAUUCAGGCAAUAACGCAAAUGCUUAAGGGAAUGGCGGAUAUGCUUAAUUCUUUGUAUAAGAAAGUGUUGUCAGCCAUUUUGCGCUCUGAUUUCGGCGUAAUGCUGAUAAGGAUGUUAAUUGAUAAAUUUGGUACAGCGGCAGUAAGGUUUGCUUGGUACGACUCAAAGCAAGUCAGUGAACAUGUUCUAGAUGGUUAUACAAAGCCAUUGAGGGCUAAGGGAUGGGACAAGGCUCUUGCAGAAUUCACUGCAGCAACACUUGCAUACUCAGAGUCUGGUUCAAAGCCGCAACUGUCAAAAAGACUUCACGAAAUCUCAUGUCCUGUUCUGAUUGUCACUGGUGAUAGUGAUCGAAUUGUUCCCUCUUGGAAUGCUAAGAGACUUGCACAAGCUAUACCUGGAUCUUGCCUCCAAGUAAUUAAGCAUUGUGGCCAUCUGCCUCAUGAAGAGAAGGUGGAAGAGUUUGUUUCAGUUGUUGAGAUGUUUCUGAAAAGAGCUUUUGGUGAUUUUGAGGAACCAUCUUUGCAAGCCGUGAUUUAAAAGCCCAUUCAUUGAAGAGUAAUGCUUGUACAUAUAACAGCCGAAUGCUUUGAUUAUUGUUGCUUUAUAGUGAUUGUAUGUUUAUUUUAUUUAUGUGAAAACGGCAAUAAGCUGCA